GCCUUCUCCUUCACGGCUAAUAAUUUCUCUUGCUCUCCAUGUCCCCUGUUCUACCCUCUCCUUCUCCCGCCGCCACCUUCCCGCCAGCGGAUCAUGGCGGCGGCUGAUUCCGACUGCGCUUGCACAGACGCAACAAUAACCGGCGGCUACCCGAGCCCAAUAUCCCCACCGUAUCCGGAACUGUCGAAGGAGGUGGAGCUCCACCGCGCAAUGUCGGCGGAAACUAGGUCCGGGGCAUACGCUAUUUCCUCAAAAGAUAUCAUCUUUGAGGACGAAUGGCUCGUGGUCGUCAACAAACCCUCGGGGAUCUAUUGCGAAACGCUGCUCUCCUCUCUUUCAUCUUGUUCAAGAACAUCAGCCUUGCAAUCAAAUCUUCAUCUAGCUAACAGAUUGGACAGAGAUACCAGUGGACUAAUGGUUAUAACCAAAUCAAACAAAGUUGCUGCUAAGUUGGUAAAAGCAUUCACUGAUCACAAGGUGAAGAAAACAUACCUUGCAUUUUGUGUUGGAAAUGCUCCAGUUUGGGAGAAGAUCAAGGUAAGUUCAGGUCAUGGAAGGUCCAAAUUUGGAGCUUGGCGAGUUUACUCUGCAUCAGAUGUUGGUAAAGUCCUUCCAGGAGGAUCUCUUGUGAAAUCCAUGGCCACUUCCUUUGAAGUCCUCUCUAUAAACAGACAAGGAAAGUUUAGAGGGCCAAACAAGCACAAUAUGGAUGAAUUGAAAUCUGUAAUAGUUCAGGAGAAUGGAAUUGAGGGCAAUGAGACUGAUGAAAUUUUAGUCAGAGCUUAUCCUGAGAGUGGGAGAACUCAUCAGAUUCGCUUGCAUUGCCAGCAUCUUGGUUUUUCAAUAAGAGGUGAUGUGAAGUAUGGAGGUGUUCAUGAGUGGAAAGGGAUGGAUUGUGACUUCCAUGCUUUGCAUGCAGAGAGUCUUUCAUUUGAACAUCCUAUUACUGGUUUGCUUGUCUUUCUUGUUGCCCCUUGUCCUUCAUGGGUUAGUGAAGCUUGUUUUACAACAUCGGAUGGUUAUGAAUGAGUUUAGCUUUAUAUGAACUAUUUUAUACUUGGUUUAUGAUUUGUUGUCUUUCAUUUGUUUCUAUUGAGGCUUAAAAUGAUUUUUAAUAAAUUAUAAGGCAGUUUAAUUAUUUA